UCUGUACGUCCGGGUUCAGUCACUUUGAAGUCUGUUUUCAAACCCCGAAAGCUUGUCUACUUAGCCAUCUUCAAUGUUGGCACACUCAAGCAAUCAGGUCAACAGGUGGCUAUUGCUCGUACGGUAGUUUCCCUCUACAUUGAUAACGCAGGACGCAAGUACUGUGAUCGAAUUGACUGCCCCUCGCUCUCUUCCAGGUUUCGGCUGCACACCUCUGGUGUUGCAGAGGCUGCUGCAGCUGGAUAUGCUGGAGUGGGUAUUGUAUUGAGCGAACGAGCGGAAGCGCCUCUGCUUGAUUGGAUACCCGUAGACAGUUGCCUCCGUGCGGUUCAUUUGGCAACAUCGGUGGGAGAAUCUAGAGGAAGUGAGGUUCAUCGCACGUUGUUUAUUGUUUCUGCUUACGCCCCAACUGACUGUAGCUCUGAAUCUGCCAAGGACAGUUUCUUUGACGCUCUAGAUGCCCUCCUACAACAGGCUAAAAGCUUAGAUGUCGUUGCGGUUGCUGGUGAUAUGAACGCCCAGGUAGGCAGACUAAGCGCUGCUGAGGCCCGAUUGGGUGGUUGUCUUGGUUUGGACACGAGACGCACGGACAACGGAGACCGCUUACUUCAGAUGUUGGCACGAGACGCACAGAAAAAGGAGACCACUUACUUCAGAUGUUACGAAUUUCCGGAACAGCGGAAAUCGCUUGACAACGUGGUGCCCACCAUCAAACCAGCGCCAAAUCCAGAUAGACCAUAUCGCUGUCAGUUAUCGGUGAUGAGGGCCGCUCACCGUCUGCCGCCCCCUCUGGAGCACCAGCGUGGACUCCGACCAUGCACUUUUGAAAAAAAUCCUUCAGCUGUCGCACCCUUUCGGUGCCUAACUGCCUUGCCACCCGAAGGUUGCACGAGGGCUUGGAUACUGCCAGGUUGCCCAAGCCUAGAUAGGGAAAGUCGAGAGGCAGAGGUCGGGUUCGAACCAUGGAACUUCCGGUCAGUAAAUUCGCGUUCUUACCACUUGGGCCAUCUCGCCCCCUUUUCAGGUGUACGCAAAACGCGCACACCUCGCUCAGCUGUUAAGAAGCUAGUGGUUUGUAAAAAGGCUCCCUUGGAUUUAGGUGUUAUUUUGUUUAAUAUGUGGUACCGCCGACACAAACCACCUUUCGAUGCCUACCCUAACCACGAUGUUCGACCAGGCCACAAACGGGAUGCAUUCUUGGCAACCAUGUUCCCCUUGGUACGUAAUGGAGACAUGUUCACGGAUGUAAACAACCUCGGAUACGAUUACGACAAACCCGAUAUGCUGUCAUGCCACCCAGUUGAAGCACGGGGCUUGGAUACUGUCAGCUUGCCCAAGCCUAGACAGGCGAAGUCGAAAUACAAAGGUAGUAUUCGAACAACAAACCUUCCGGCCAGGAUGUUCACUUGCCUAUGUGGGCAGCCUGGCAGUAUCCAAGCCCUCCUGCUUCCUCCGGGUGUCAUGGCAGCUGGACACUGGAUGAUUGUUGCAGCUGAACGAUUAUUUAUUAUCCGCCCUCCCCAUAAGAUACUUGAGGCGAUCCGGCUGAUGAUAACAUACUACCGCCGACAUGGUCCGAUGUUAAUCUUGGUUUUGAUUCUCAUGGCUAUGGGU